AUGGCUGAUCUUGCCCAACAUGCCAUACCGGCGGUGGACAUGAUUAAUGCCACCUCUAGGCUUCAACUGGAGGCUGCUGAGGUCAGAACAAAUAAGCCCAACUGGGGAUCUUAUUUGCGUUCUCAAAUGGUUCCACAGGAAGAUUACAAUUUUUUCACAGCCUAUGAAGCCGCUAAGAACAAGGAAGAGAGAGAUGCUGUUCUUAAAGCGAAUGAUGAAAAUGGACAAGCUGUGAAAACUAUUGUCAACUUGAUAACCAAUGUGGCUAAAGAUCAGAACGUGCGCUAUGUGCUUACUGUUCUCGAUGAUAUGCUUCAGGAAGAUAAAAAUCGGGUCGAAAUUUUCCAUAGAGCUGCUGCAACCAGCAACAAGACUGUCUGGUCUUGGUUUUUGGGAAUUCUCCAACGUCAAGAUAACUUCAUUGUUAACCAAAUGAGCUCUAUUAUCGCCAAGCUUGCCUGCUUCGGAAGUACUCUCAUGGCCGGAGCUGAACUCAACUACUACUUCGCUUUCUUGAAAGAUCAACUUAAAAGCGCUUCUAGCAACGAGUACAUGAAUACCACCGCUAGAUGUCUCCAGAUGAUGCUCAGAAUCGAUUCAUACAGAAUCGCUUUCGUGGAAGCCGACGGCAUUCAAGCUAUCGUUGCUGCUCUGAACGGAAAGACUAACUUCCAACUCCAAUACCAACUCAUAUUCGCCAUCUGGUGCUUGACCUUCAGUCCUGAAAUCGCAAGAAAGGCUCCUUCUUGCGGUGUUAUUCAGGCUCUCGGUGAUAUUCUCUCUGAAAGUUCCAAGGAAAAAGUGAUCAGAAUCAUUCUUGCUACGUUUAGCAACAUUCUCAACAAGGUAGAAGAACGUGAAAUCAAGAGAGAAGCUGCUCUCCAAAUGGUCCAAUGCAAGACUUUGAAGACACUCGAGCUUAUGGAUGCUAAGAAGUAUGAUGAUGUUGAUUUGGAGGAAGACAUCAACUUCUUAAACGAACAACUCCAUCUCUCCGUUCAAGAUCUCAGCUCUUUCGAUGAGUACUGUGCUGAGGUCAGAUCUGGAAGACUUCAAUGGUCUCCCGUCCACAAAUCUGAGAAGUUCUGGAGAGAGAAUGCUGCUCGUUUCAAUGACAAGGGAUAUGAACUCUUGAAGACUUUGAUUCGUCUCUUGGAGACCAGCUCCGAUCCUCUCAUCCGUUGUGUAGCUGCUCAUGAUAUCGGAGAAUACGUAAGGCACUACCCUAGAGGAAAAACCGUUAUUGAACAACAACAAGGAAAGCAAGCCGUCAUGAAACUUUUAACCGCUGAAGAUCCAAAUGUCCGUUAUCACGCUCUUUUAGCUGUUCAAAAGUUGAUGGUUCACAAUUGGGAAUACCUAGGAAAGCAGAUUGACAAUGAAGCUGAAACCGCCACUGCCAAGUAA